AUGGAGCGCGACGGGAAGCAGAACGCCAGCGCUGGCUGCGGCAUCACUAGCGCGGGAUCUGCUUCUCGUCUUCAAGUCAGAGCGACUGUUCCGAUCCAACGCUCAGAAGCUUGUCCGUAUUACCGGCCGUAUCGCUGUCAGGUGUGUUCUUUUCGAUCGAACGUGACGCUUGUGGACGAGAGUGUAACAAUCGACGGAUCGGGAAAUGUGGACGAUUUUCCUAUACGACGUGUCUAUAUAUACUCACAGCGGCACUACAUCGCUUCGCAAGAUCACGUUCUUGAGCGCUUUACGACGACCCAUCACACACUCUUUUUGCACCAUUUGGACCCACCUUCGGCCGUGUCGUACGACCACUUCUUGAUCGCAGAAAAGCCUCGCUCGUCGCACUUGUAG